CAAUACAGGUCCCGUGUCACGUGAUCAAAUUGACCAAGCGUGACUUGUUUUGAUGCUGAAAAUGAGCUUUGUAGCAUCAAGUGAAAAUCUAGCCUAAUAUUUGUUGAUAGUAUAAGGUUAAAACAAAAAAUGUUUGUUUUAACGGAAUUAAAAGAUACUGUUAGGAUUCCACCAAGUAGCUUUAAAUCUAAAUUAAACAAUGUCAUUGCUGAUGAAUUAAAUAGAAAGCUCGCUAAUAAAGUGUACAAAGAUGUAGGUCUUUGCAUCACAUUACAUGAUGUUACGAAGAUCGAAGAAUCAUAUAUUUUUCCAGGAGACGGAGCUUCCCAUACAAAAGUAACAUUUAGAUUUAUUGUAUUUCGUCCAUGGAUGGAAGAAAUAUUAAUAGGAAAAAUUCGUAGUUGUAGUCCUGAGGGAGUACAUGUUACAUUAGGAUUUUUUGAAGAUAUAGUCAUACCACCUCAUAAGUUACAGCAUCCGUCACGUUUUGAUCAAAUGGAACAAGCAUGGGUUUGGAUAUACAAGACUGAAGAUGGACAAACACAUGAUCUAUUUAUGGAUGCAGGAGAAGUUAUACGAUUUAGGAUAGUAAAAGAAAUUUUUACGGAAGCACCUUUACCAUCAGUACUUAAUGCAUCUCAAGAUAUAAGUGAAAAGGCAGAAGCCAAUAACGCUGCGCCAUACAUUUUACAUGGAUCGAUUGACGAGCCUGGCCUGGGUUUACUUACCUGGUGGCAAAAUACAUAAUUUAUUACGAUUUGGUAAACUAAUUUAUUUGGUAACCUAAGUAAACUAGAAUGUAUGAUUAAAGUAAAAACAAUUUUGGUCAAUAAAUUUUUAUUUCACAGCACA